AACAGACAGGAACUGCAAAGCCGAGCAAACAGACGGAGAUGAGAACUUCCCGUGUCGAGGAUUCACGAUCUAACGAGUCAACGUGAAUUACACCUGGAAAGUUAAGGUGACGCAGCCUCUGUAAAGACGAGGAGAUGGAUUUCUCGGAGUGUUAUCAGCACACGUGUUCCGCCGUUGCCUUGGCGGCGCGGGAGGGGAACCACAGUCUCGUGAGCAAGCUGAUCCAGAAGGGCUACAGCGCGGACGUCAGCGAUAACCGCGGGUGGAACCCGCUCCACGAGGCCGCCUUUCGCGGCUCUUACGAGUGCGUGCGCACACUGAUUAAAGCGGCAAGCUCCAGCCGCCGACGGCGGGACUACGUCAACUCCCCUGCGCACGAUUCGACGACUCCUCUCCUACUGGCGGCUCAGAAGGGCCACGCCCGAGUGGCGAAGGUCCUCCUGCGAGCCGGCGCCGAUGCCAACCGCGCCACCGACGACGACACCAGCCCACUCUUCGCAGCGGUGUCCGGCGGCCACAUGGAGGUGGUGGAGCUGUUGGCCCGUAACGGGGCGGAGGUCGACCGAGCGCACUCCGUGUCCAGGUGGAGCUGUCUGCACCAAGCUGCGUUUAAGGGCCACGCCGAGAUCGUGCGGUUGCUGGCGGGCGUGGCUCGCGCGAACGCCGUCGACGACUUUGAGAUCACGCCUCUGUUCGUGGCGGCGCAGUACGGACAGAGGCGGUGUCUGGAGAUCCUGGCCGACGCAGGGGCGAACGUGAACUGCCAGUCACACGACCUGGCCACGCCCAUGCUGAUCGCAUCACAGGAGGGACACCUGAACUGCAUGGAGGCACUGCUGGACCGGGGUGCCGACCCGAACCUCUACUGCAACGAGGAGAAGUGGCAGCUUCCUGUCCACGCCGCCGCCGAGUUCGGCCAUGUCAGGGUCCUGGAGCGGUUGCUGGCGGUGACGGACCGCGUGUGCGACCGCGGCGCGGGGAAGGUCAGCCCGGUGUACUCUGCGGUCCUGAGGGGGCAGGCGGAGACUCUGCGGGUUUUACUGAGGGAGGGGUACAGCCCUGAUGCCCAGGAGUGCCCUGCCUACGGAUAUUCCUCCCCACUGGCUGCAGCACUCUGCACCUCUGCUAUGAGCGUGGAGAUCCGAGGCCGUGUCCCGGGGCUGGUGAGGGCACUGCUGGGGGCCGGGGCGCGGGUGGACGGCGGCCUGUACGCCAGGUGUCUGGAGCAGGACCUCCCCUACCUGCUGGAGCCCCUCCUGGAGCGGGGGGGUGUGCCCGUGGGGGAGCACCUGGCCGAGCUGGUCCGGACCGGCCUGGCUCGCCUCCACGCCGCCGACGUCUGGCUCCCGCCGCUGCUGAGGGCCGGCCUGGACCCCGCGGCGUUCCUGCGGGACGCCUUCUUUGAGAAAGCCAGGAGCGAUGUCCUUUGUUUCUUUCUGGAGUUCACUAAUUGGAAGAUGCUGCCCCCAUCUUUAAGGCUCAUUCUGUCCCAUCGCCAGGCGGAGUCCACCUGGAAUCAACAGCAGCAGUUUGACUCCCCGCCGUCUCUGUGCCACCUGUGCCGUCUGGCGGUAAGGGGCGUGGUCGGAAGCGAGGCGCUGGCCCGGGGCGUCUUGGCGAGGCGGCUUCCCGUGCCCCCUCUCCUGCAGGACUACCUGCGUUUCGCCGACGCCUUCGCUCCCCGCCAUCUCCCAAAGCAGCGCCCCCCCGGAGAGAGAGAGUACCUGGGAUACGACGGUCCGGAAUGACACCCCUCUCCGACUGGGAAAACCGCCACCUACCUGGAAUAACAACUACACGCUUCCGGAAUCACUUCAGAAUAACCCCUACACGGAGGACAAGGGCUCCCACACACUGGAGUUGAACCCCCCCCCCCCCCUCCCCUGGGUGAAAUUACACCUCGGGGCUGUCAAAAGUCUUGCUUGAGUUCCUGUCCUGUCCUGUCAGUGUUCCCAUUCACAUUUGUCUUACAAGCACUGUGUUGCAAUUUUUUAUGUGAAUAAAUACUUUGAGGAUUCGUUUUGUA